CUCGGUAAUGCAUUAUAUGUUGCGAUAAGGAAGUGCUAAAACAAUAUUUGAUCCAGGGCAUGAAACAUGAGGAACAUACUAGUGAUUUUCUGCUUCAUAUAUGGAGAAUUUACUUUGUUGAGCAUGACGUAUACAGAUAUUUGUUCUGUUUGUGUGACCAAUGACGAUGAUUAUUACCAUGGUGAUGAUGAUUAUAGUGGUGACUAUACAUGUGAAACGUGUGACAAAAUACACAGAGUGAAAGAUCGGUUUUGUCGUAGAUGGCGUACUACACCUACUUGUCCCGAUUCAUCUACAAACAUUCCUACUACGUCAGAUCGUGUACCAUGUCCAACGCCGACUCUUACAAAUGGAAUUUCUGAUGAAGGGACUGCAGUGUUAACCUGCUCUUCCAAUAAAGAGAACUCCGUGGGAUCUAUCGUGGGAGCGGGUAUAGGAUGAGCUGUAUUCGCAGCUGGUGUUACUGUCUUGGUUUUCGUUUGUGGUUGUCAGAGAAGAGAGCGAUUACAGAAGAGGUAUAUAGUUUUAGUAUGUUUUAACUCACCUGAGCCACAGCCUCAAGAGAACAUUUCCCAAGUAAGUUUUUAUUCAAUCGGAAAAAUGUUAUUGAGGCAAUUAUAAAAGCAGGAAAUUACUGUUUGUCCUUUUAUAAUUCAAUAUUUAUUAGAUUCAGGGGCGGAUGCAGGAAUUGCGGUUACGGGGGAAGCCACUUUAUGAGACAGUGGGUAUUGGGGCCGCCUUGAGGAAGCUCCUGGAAUAUACAGAUUUUAUAGGGCUUGAAAUAUGACUUCUAUUUAAGUCAUUUGUCCUAUUUUCUAUCAUCUUUAAUAAAAUGAAAUUAGUAAAAUGACGCAAAUUUUAAGGGUUUUCUUGAAACCAUUAAGUUCUCCCAAUAAAGUAAUUCAAGAAAUCAAAAUAUUUUUGUCAUUUAUUUCUCCAAUAGUGGAAGAAAUGAUUGCUUCUUUUAUCGUUUAGUACAUUUUUCUAAACAAGAUAUCACGAUUUUCCUUAAAUUUGAAAAUUUAAAUCUGCCACUGAGAUUGAUUAUAUGUGUAGUAGAUAAAGGCUUUAGAUGACUUCUUUUCUAAUGAUUACAAACUAAAAUUGCUAUUCUUUGCUAUAUUAGUGCAAAUCUGAAUAGAUGCUGUCAAAAAAGUAAGACCCACAGGCAAGUGUUUCCCUUUAGAUAUACUAAUAUUCGUUGUAUAUGUGUAACUAGGUUGGUUGGCUGGUUGGUUGAUUAUAUAUUGUUUAAUGUCCGGUUCGACAAAUUUUCACUCAUAUUGUAGUGCCCGGCAGCCAAAAGUUUUAUUUUCGGUCGGCUUGGUUUUUAUAUUAGUGUGUCCUUGUUUGCUUUCCACACUUUCGCGGUGAAAGUUUUAACAACAUAUUUGCUACUCUGUCCCCUCCUAUGGAGUCAGUAAAUUGUUGUUUACUUAUACAUGUGUAAUUUACACCUUUAAGCACUGUCUAUUGUUGAUGAUGUUUUGUUGCCUCGUGUUAUCGCACAAUAUGGCGCGCAGCACAGAACAUAAUUUUUCUUACUUAGUUUGUAACUGUGUUUCUUUUUGUUUGUAGUGUUUUACCCUCUUCCAAAAGGAGUGUUUUUCUUCAAUAAAGACUGUAACUGAAUGCAUAUAGAGAAACCACCAUUGCUGGUGAAAGGCAAAAUUUAGGCCUAUGAUCGGCGCAAGUCGCUUACUGUCUUUAAGCAGGAAGGGAUCUUUAUCGUGCCACACCUGCUGUCACACGAGGCCUCAGUUUUGCGGUUUUAUCUGAAGGACCGCCUCAUUUAGUAUCCUCUUUCGAAAAAACAAGGGAUACUGGGUAUCUAUUCUAACCCAGAUCCCCAAUAAUUACCAUAUAACAUAUCCUGUGCCAUAUGAUUAUAUUCUUGCUGCAAAUAUCAAGAUGCAUUGAGUAUUUUGUUGGUCAUGUGUCAUGGGAGUCAUCCUAAACCCCAUUUCGUAAUGGUUGAAAUAUAUUUAAAACAUUUGAGGUCCCGGUACCUAAACCAUAUCAUUACAUUCCUGCUGCAUAUAUCACGAUGCAUUGAUUAUUCUGAUGGGAGAGUGCCUCGGAGUCAUCCCAACUCCUAUCAUUUUUUGAUAGUUCAAAUAUUUUUAUUAAAAUGGUUGACACUCUAACUGCCAUAAUUUUUUUGAUAGUUCAAAUCAGGGUAGAGAUAACUCCUUUGACCAAUGGAAGGGGGGGGGGUGAUUUCAUUUUUAUUCAGUACGAGUGCAUACUGUAAACGAAAUCCUCAUCUCCCACGAUGUUGAAAUAACAUUUUUCUCGAGCGCUUGUGCACAUCCACCAUAAAUGUCACUCUCUCCUGAAUAUGCAUUAAAAAUCACCGUUUCCCUUACACUGAUUAGACCAGUACUCCCUUAAUACCAGUGUAUGAUUUGUCGAAAUUGUCAAUUAUUUUUAUUUUUCAUAGUUUAUCAUACACAUGUACAAGUAAGACGAAAAUACUCUAAUGCACCAUUAGGCAUAAUAAUGCGAACGUUUCUUAAAAUAAUCCGCAAGUAUCUUCGCGAUUUUGUUGAUACUCAUCAACCCCGGGAUCGGGACCGGAAUGUACUUUUCGUUUUACACUGGAAUAUAUUGGACAAUUAUAUUACACAAACUCAAGAACCUGAAUUCUACAAUUUGUCAUUCUAAGAUUUUUUUUAUAACUGUACCCUGUUUGAAGUAAGUUAGAUUCAAGUUUGUUCAUGCCAUAAUUCUUGGUGUCAGAGA